GACGUCAUAUGUCAUUAUCUUGGUAGGUAUUUUAAUUUCAAACUUGAUUAUUUUUCACGGCUUGUGCAGUAUCGGAAUUUUUCAUUUAAACAAAAACAAAAUUAGUGUGAACAGACUAUCACUAGCCGCCCGAUACUUAACAUAAUUUAAACAUGUCUUCGUCUCCAGAAAUUAAGACUACGGACAAUGAGGAUCCUGAGACUCCUUUAAAUUUUUUUAGUCAAUUACUUAGACCUGUGAAUGUGUUCUUGACUGUUAUCAUCGUUAUAUUAGUGUACAAAAUUUUGAAAAGUAAGUUUAGUAAGGCUUCCGUGUAUCCCCCCAGACCGGAACUGCCUAAAAUUAGGAAAGAUAUGACCGUGGCUGAAUUGCGACACUAUGAUGGUAAUCAACCUGAUGGGCGCGUUUUAGUAGCGGUAAAUGGUUGGAUUUUUGAUGUGACAAGAGGGCGUCGCUUUUACGGUCCUGGUGGUCCAUAUGCGGCCUUUGGUGGGAAAGAUGCUACUCGAGGUCUAGCAACGUUUUCUGUAACAUCAUCAGACAAGGAAUAUGAUGACUUAAGUGAUCUUAAUUCAAUGGAAAUGGACUCAAUCAAAGAGUGGGAAGCGCAGUUCCGGGAAAACUAUGACCUGGUUGGUAAACUUUUGAAGCCUGGAGAAGAACCAACAAACUACUCUGAUGAAGAGACUGAGGAGACUGAGCCAGUCAACAAUCCAGAGGACAAAAAAGCACAAUAAAACUGGAUUUAGGUUAUGAUAAACUUAUAGAUUGAAAGAGUUUAUGGUUAGAAGGGCUUAAUUUAAAUCUUGUAUGGAUCUUAUAAAUUAUUCAGUUGUGUAUAUUUUAUUUAUUAGGUAUUACUCUCAGGUGUUGUAGUUACUGAAACUUUUGGUGACUUCAUAAAAUCGUAUCCACAAGAUAAACUUAGUUUGUCAAACAGAAAAUAUAAAUGAGAAAUAUCAUUGUCUUUUCAAGUCUUUAAAAGUGUAAAUUUUAUUACCAUAAAUUGGAGACUAUUAAUUAGUUCUCUAUCAAUUGCAGUACCUCUAAAAAAAUAAUAUAACAAAAACAUGCCAUUUUUAAAUGUAGCAUGUGCUGAGAUCAUGUUUAAAGUCUGCUCUAGCUAAUACUCUUUCCUUUUUAUAAAUUAAACAGAGAUGGAUUUUGUAUGAUUAUGUAUAGUAAUAUCAGAAAGUACUUAAUACCUAGAUUAUGCUGAUUGAAGCGUUAGCAACUUAUUAUCAUAGAGGUGUCAUAAGUUCUUGAAAUUUUAAUAUCACCCCUAUUAAGGAUUAAAUGGUUGUUGUUAUAUUUCCAACCAAGUCCUUGAAUUCCAGAAAUAAUAAAGAAAUAUUUUUUGCAAACAAAUUUAUUUCAUUCUGUAGAUGGCUUCAAAAGAGGACACCUCUAUAUAUUCUUGAUGGAGUUAUCUGAAGCAUUUCAAAUGAACUUUAUUGUAUGUAAUAUGGUAAUUGGCCAUGAUUGACAUACUAUAAACACAUUGAUUUUGACCUUUUGUUUAGAAUUUUCAUGUGAACACCAUUUUUGCAGUCAAAUUUGUUUAAAAUUACACUUCUAUAAUCAUACUAUAUCUAUCUCUGUUUAAAGGACAUCUAUAUUUGUUGCUUUGUAAAUGUUUUCAAGUUAUAAAUGUAUUUAUAAUAUAGUAUAUUUACAGUUUUGUGAAUUGAAAGACUGAUGGCGAUAUGUUUAUGUGAAGGACCACAUUCCCCUUUGCGCUACCUUUAUUAUGGUUCAAGGAUGGUUUUUUCCUCACUACUAAUAAUGCAUUAAUGUACAAAUUAUAUCUUUGUUUAUUAUGAAAACCGUUACUUGACCCAUUAUAUUUGUCCAUUAGAUUUAGCAUUUUUUGUGGACGGUUACCUAAUAACAAACAAGUUUUGACCAUCAGUACUUAAAUACUUAAAGGUUACAAAUAAUAUCAGUUAUUAUAAAAGUUGCUGCUCUUUGUUGUAUUAUCAGUGUUUAUCAUUGUCGUUAGGGUUUAAUUUUUUAAUCUUUUUAUUGUUAAUGCGUCUCACAAUUCUGCUUAGAUUUAACUAUUAAUUCGUGAAAUUAAAAUUGAAUUCGCCUAUGUUUUUAAAUUUAGAUAUUUUGUAUUGGAGUUUUUAAGAAUAUUAUGGACUGAGUUAGGAUUGAUAAAAUGUAUGGCUUGUGUAUGAUUUCCACAAAUUGCUGUUAUUGUCACACUGAAAGUUUGUUGAGUGCUGUUUUAUAAUAUUUAAUAUUCAAUAGAAAGUAUUUUAGAUACAAAAGUUGCAUACACUUCCAUAGCCAACCCGAUUACGUUUAUAAAAGUGAGAUGAUUCUUUUUCAGCAAAUGAACUAACAGUAAAUAGAUGUGUUGUCCACCGAGGCACUUAAGCGCGAGCAGGUACUCCCUAUAAUUCCCAGUACUUAAGUUAGUUAGGCUAAUUAAAUGCGCAUUUUUCAUAUUAAAAGAACAUGCGCGAAGUUUUCCCCACCAUGUCUGGUUACUUUACACUCCCAUAUAUAUAUUAUGAAACGAAAAAGAACAAGUGCAUGAGCAAUUUGUGGAGUCUAAUGAUUAUUUUAAGGCUUAGAGAUAGGUGUUGCAAAAAAAUGUUAAAUUGUUUUCGAUGUCAUUAAGUAAGCAGAUUGAACUUGUAGCAACAGAAAGUGAAUGCCUUAAUGAUUGUUGUGACUGAAAACAUUUGGUGUGUAUGUUAUGCUUUGGUGUUAACAAAUGAAAUUUAUGUAAUAUUUAUUUGAAAUUUUCACAAUAUAGCCUCUUUUAUA